AUGGAGCCGCCCGCAAAGAGACCAAAGACAGGCCCAUCUUCGCUCGAUCAACAGUCAAAAGAAGACGAAGAUGAUGAACUCAACUACGAGCCCGAAGAGGUGUCUCGGAUGCGGGACCCUGGCUUUCGCUUUGAGCAGUCCCGCGCUUUUGCCGCCUUCAAGCUGAAAUCAACAUUUGAGCACAUUUUCCAAAAGUACGACAAGGACUUCACAGGCAUCGGUGAUGAAAUCGACCUCAGAACCGGCAAGAUUAUCACAAAUAAUGGCCACUUGGAGGGCAUGAGAAAUGAGAGAGACACGGGAAUUCUGGACGGUGAUGACGAAGAAGAUGAGGGCGUGCUCCUGGAGGAAGAAUUUGCAUCCGACGACGAUGAGGAGGAUGACGGCUCAGGCUCGGACGUGGGGGAUGAGGAUGGGAUCCCGGAUGCGUCAGACACCGAAGAUGACGAAGAACUAAUCUUACACGGCAGGAGGAAUGAAGAAUCUCAUUCGAAAACUGUUUUACACAUACAGAAAGGCGAGCUACAGCGGCAUCCAAGUCUUUCAAACGCCCCUCCAACGGUAUCACGGCCAAGAUCCGACCAUAGGCUGUCCAGUCUUGCUCAGCCGCGCCGGCCAGAAAGCAGCACCUCGAAUUCUUCCUCAAACAUUUGGGGACGUGAACCAGAUCCUGUCGAUCCGACUUGGAGGGUCCCCGAGAUCGACAAGCCCAAACUUGGCGACGACUUGAUGACGAGACUUUACGGUGCCAGAUACCGCUUCCCCGCCAGUCGAGGUUUCCAGUCUGUGUGGUCUUCACGACCGGACACCGAUCUGGAGAAAGCACUUCCUGAACCUGCUCAGAUCGACAUGAAGCAGCUCAUCCGCGUGAAAAAUGAAAUCCCGAGAAUGGCCAGACCAAUGUCCAAAAAGCUACUGCAGGCAUUCACCGACCAAGAUGAUGACAACGAGGACGAUAUUCUUGGGGUCGCUACUGCAGACCGAGAACUUCGGAUUGCGAAGAAAAGCUCGGACAACACAGAUCCUAUCUCGGAUGAGGCAGUACUCAUCACUGUGGAAGAAAACCGACAAGGACUUGAACCAUCUACCAGAGAUGAACCAUCAAAUGCGAAAACUGCCGGAUCAAAAGCCCUCUCCAGAGAGAUUGGCUGGCUCGUUGAGAACAAAACUUCUGUGAGCGACGGUUCGAGACCGAGGAGACAGCUCAUUCCAACCAAAGUCAUCAAGCCAAUAGACGUUCCCAAACCGAAGGACAUGUCUAAACUGAGUCAAUCAACCGAGACCCAAGUCCAGAGACAGCUGCCAAUUGUACCAACUGAAGUUGAAGCCGAAGCUGACCCGAGCCUGAUGAGUCUCGUGAAAGAUCGAGACCUGCGGAACAAGCCAAAGCAGCGAUUCGUCAUCGAGCUGUUUUCCAAAAUGCCCUCCCCAGAGGAGAUCACAAUGGUCGAAGAUCCCGAAGAUAUGGACACCUUUGAUUCGGUUCAGCAACACGAGGCACUCACACCCCAGCUUGCUAAUCUGACUGUCUCCGAGGCCACUCCGAAAAGUCUUGUACAGCAGCAAAGUCAUGAGGCCGGCGUGACUGAGAAACCUACCCUGGUAGAAUCAGCAGCUGAGAAAAACGUCGAAUCACCGGGGAAGAAUAUUGUCAGGCAUAAGAUCGAUCCCUCUUACGACUUCUCCGAUGACGAGGAAGGCAUUCCCACCACUCGCAUUAGAAACCUUCGCGUCGGGAGGAGGCCCGUUGCUAUUCCAGCUACGGUCGAGUUGGCGAGCCCAAUAGAAGAGGCAAGGCCCGAGAUUUCAAAGACGGUAUUCAUGUCGGAGGACCACCAGUCAUCUCGUAUAGAGCCUAAUGAUGGGUCACUUCUAAGAAGCGAGCCAGCUACACCGGAGUCUAGCGGCAUCGGUAUCGCAACCUCUGACCAGCCGGCCGAUGCGCCGGCAGAGGCUCGCGAUGAGCAGAGCGACAGACGGCUUGGAGAAACUUGUGAGGCCACCGCUGGAAUUAACAAUGCAACCACCAUCUUUUCAGCAGAAAAUUCCACUGAAUUAAGCCACACAACGGAGCAGCUUCUCAUCGAAGCACCUAAUGCGAUGGAAGUGGAGGUCCCGUCGCAUUCUGCGGCAUUGGCGGUGCAGGAGCCACAGAAUCCCAAUAACGCAAAGCAGAAUACUCCACCGUAUGCAACCCAAGCAGAGACCCAGAAAGAGCCUCAGGAAGGGACUCAGGAAGGGACUCGGGACGGUAUUCAGGAGGAGACUCAGAAAAGUCCUCAAAGUGAGACUGAGGAGAACCAGAAAAUGGAUGAACCACAGCAAGAGAAGGAGAAUGAAGACAUCGAGCCCUUCACCAUACCCCUUGGCCUCGAUGUGACCGACGAAACAAGCGCACACGAAACCGAGACCGACCCAGAAGCAACGGAAAUCGAGCUUCCCAUCCUCCCACCACAACCGAGAGGAAGUCUCCUCGCGCCACCUCUUCGAAGAAAGCAUUCAUCAGGGUCAACGGAACCUUCAGAAGUCGUCGGCAAGACGGCCACAUCACCUUUCAAACACAUGAAUCUCCAAUCCAGCAGCCCUCUUAAGAAGUACGCAGUCACCAAAUCAUCAGCCAAAUCUAGGAAGGCCGUCAACCCCCGCGCCUCCGCCAGACCAGAGCGCCGCAGAGCAGAACCGAGAAGCCGCAAGCGUGCAGGCCAGACCACCGCCUCCACGCUUGACAUUUCGGAUUCCUCCACUACGACAACAUCCGCUGCCGCUCUUCACCCUUCGCCACACCGCGAGCAAAGACGAAAGACCUCCCCCAGUACACCAUCGUCAUCGAGACACCAACUCCGAAUCACAAAGGACUCGACCUCCAGAAAGUCAUUCAUCUCCCUCCUCUCCGACGACGAAGAUGAACUCACCCUAGAUCUCUUCAAAACCUGGAUGGCGGCGACACCCUCGGGCGGCGGCUCAUCGGCUGAGCGCAGGCGAACGUCAUAUACCCCAUUCCUACUCGCCGGGCCGCAGACCAAGAUCACGACGCCCAUGAAGCAGAAAAGCCUGCUUGCUUCCGGGAGCGGGAGCGCAGGCGCAGUCGCAGGCACAGGGACUGCCAGGGGCAAGAAGCGCAAGGCGGCGUGGGCGUUCGCCACGCCCACCAGAGUUCACUUUGGCAGCCCCUCGGGCUCGUUCGUACAAACGCCCGGCGGGAAUAUGAGGCGGUGUGGUGAGGAUGGAUUCCGGUGCGACAGAGAUUUCUGCUUCACAUGCCUAUGA